AUUCAUGAAUGUGCCAACUGCGGUUCUGGAGACAAUGUGAUAUGGCAGAGUGACACAAGGCACUUCUUGUGCAGGCCAUGCACAGCAAGCAAUGCAGCCCACGCAGCCAGUACCAGUCACACUCUGGAAAAACCCUCGUCCAUGUCAAGGUCAUCAGUGAUGAACCAGUCGUCUUCUGGGAGAUCAGUGAACCAGAACAAUUUCACGAACCAACGAAGAAAUGGUCUUUCCUGUGCCAACUGUCAGACAAGAACUACUACACUUUGGCGUAGAAAUGCAGAAGGAGACCCAGUCUGUAAUGCAUGUGGUCUAUACUAUAAAUUGCACCAGGUGAAUCGUCCGAUGUCUAUGAAGAAAGAAGGCAUUCAAACUAGAAAGCGGAAAGAGAAAAAGAACAGCAAAGUUCGCUCCUCAAGCAAAGACAUGCUUAACGAUACCAGCAGUACAUCAUCAUUCGAAUCUAAGACCUCAACCAGUAGUAUUUCGAGAUGCUCCGUUCAGAACCCGACUGUGCUAGCAGCCUUACAGGGGAACCACCAAAAUAGUUCCCCCAUGCAUCAUUCCUUCAUACACCAAUCACCAACCAACUCUGCUAAUUUAAUCAGUAAUAACAGUACGAUUCAAAGUCUGCGAGGUACUCAGGAGUUCGUUUACCCGCUGUUAUCACCCCAGCGCCAUCAACAGUCUCCAUUAUCAUCAGCACAGCAACAACAUCAGCAGCAACAGCAGCAGCAGCAGCAACAACAACAGCAGCAACAACACUCCCCGCAGGAACAACAGCGGCAACAACAGCAGCAGCAGCAUCAAGGACAGCACCAUACUCUUAGUUCGAACCAUCCACAGCGCCAACAGCAACAUCAUCAGCAGCAACAACAACAACCGCAACAACAACAACAACAGCACCACCAUCAGCAUCACCAGCAGCAACAACAACAGCAUCAUCAACAGCAGCAACAACAGCAACAGCAGCAGCAACCACAGCACAUAAUGCUUGAUUCUUUGAUUUAUAACCCGGCUCCACCAAGGGCUAUACCUGUGCACAGCGACAAUGCAGCGGUAGGGACUUCAUCAGGUGGACUGCAUGAUAUAUCCCGUCAUUCUAAUGCUACAUUAUUACAACCAUUUGAUAUGAUGCAGCUAAAAUCAAUGAACAUCAGAAUUUACCAAGAAGACAAAAAAGAUUCUCCAAGACAGUAACCAUUCAAAAUAAACGCCAUGUUUUAAACUAAAUCCCAAACCAUCCAUGGCACAAUACUUGAAAAAAUGAAAAAAAAUGCUUGCAAACGGCAACAUUUAAUUCACAUAGGCUUUUUGUUUUCUGGACAUUAUUUUUUUUCUUCUAUUGAGGAUUUUCUUUUUGUUUUGUUAAUUUUUCAAUUAUUAUUUUUUUGUUUUAAAUUUUUAUUGAUUUAUAAGAUUUUGAAAGAAGUGAAAAACGAAAAAAAAAAAAGUUCUUAUAAUAUAUUUUCUUUUUUUUUUUUUGGUCAGAAUUACAUAUUUUGAUAUCCGACGAGAAUUAUAAUUCUCUUUAUUUCAUUUUGCUGUGCGGGUCACCGUGGGUAUGACGAUAAUUUCUUUGUUACUCUAGUCUGUGGUCCCUGGUUCUAAUUUUGUUGAGGAACACAUUUUUAAUUCCUGUAUAAUUCCUGUGACAAUUCCAAGAAUGCUAUCCUGUCCAUUUCUUUCCAAUUCUCUUAGCCUGAAGAAAUAUAACAUAUUUAAUUACGCACAUACACCAAUGUGGUGAAGAGACCAAGAGGUAAUAUAUCCACCAACUAAUUUGGUGAAGCAGUUUCGCUUCCCAAUUGAAGCGGUUAUUCUUGAUUUUUAACUCAAAUCCACUCAUAAGUCUACAGUUUACCAUUCACUUUUCUCCUCAUAUGCAGUGCCUUUUUUUUCUAACUGAAAGAAUAUAAAACCGUAAUUUUUUUAUCCUCACGUAAAACAGAAAGUAAUAUGGAAACGAACCGAGGUGAUGAAUGAGUCCCGUUUCUAGUUGGAAUACCAAGCUUCAAUUCACUUGUGAAGUCACUGCUUGCCUCAUUAAAUCAACACUGCAAUACUUGAUCUAUGAUGAAGAUAUCCAGCAUCUAUUCUUCCUUCUCCCAGUCAAUCUAGCUAUAUAACAGAUGUUGCUUACCAUUUCGUCUGCAGUGUGAACAGUAGUCAUUGAAAUGUGUUGCACACUACUUAUAGCAAUGAGGGAAAUGUUUCAUUCGUAACAACUUCGUUUCCUUGCAAGGUGGAAAUUGAAUUCGACCAAGGGUACGAUUCCGAGAAGUAUAGGUUCCAGCAGUUUGACUUGUUCUUGAAUGUCGAAUAAAAACCAAAUAUUUGGAAGCCCCUAAAUGGACAAGGAGACGAUUCAACGGUAAUCCAUACCCAUAGCAUUUUUUUUUUGCUAGACCUCUUUAUGGGAGGAUAUGGACAACUAUAUGAUUAAGGUUGUUGGGGGUUGGCGCUUCAUGGUAAGACGUAGGCAGGAAGAUAAUUGUAAAAGAAAUAACUGGUUAACUUACCCUUAGUAGAGCCCCAACCCACCAAACGAUUUAGGCAUCAUAUAUGAAAAAUUUUUUUUAAUCACGUUUAUGACGAUUCUCGUAGCGUAGUACCAAGAUCUCCUGAAACUGUGUUUAAACAAACCGGUUGUGGUUCGCAGUUUUAAACUGUUCAUUUUAUAAUUAUAUUGUUAAUGAUAUUUGAAAUGUCAUACCCGUUAUAAAAUUCCCUAUUUCUCUCCCCUUACACAUUUUCAAACUCUACAUCAUUUGUAAAGAUUAAGAAUAAAUUUGUAACAUAUUAUUUUAAAUAAAUAAAAAGAUCUAAA